AUUGAUCAUUCUUUAAAUAUUAUUCAAUGCUCAACUGGAAAAGAAUCUUUAUAAUUUACUGCUUCUAAAAAUUUACCGCCACAGAUUAUAACUCACUCAGCCCAUGCCUUAAUACGGUACUGUAAAUACCAGCGUACAAGGGAACAACACCGAUCUCUGGCGAAGAUCUAAAAGGUUAAAAUCCGUAAACACAAUUCAAAUAGUUCUAAAGCAUCUUUCCUCGAAUGCGUAUUGAUAUAAUACGUGGACCCGUUUUACAAUUCUCACAAGAAUAUCUCUCAAUACUUUCGGCGUUAUUAUUCAAAUAUCUGUAUAAUAAUGUGUUACUUUAUUUAUCGUAAUAUUUUAAUAAAAAACGUAAUAUUUUAAUAAAAUAAUUCAAAUAGUGUAUUUGUUACGAUAAGUUAUAAGAAAAUAGAUUUCAGAAUUAGGCGAAAGAAGAAUCUUAAAAAAUUAAGUGAUAAUCGUUCCAAAUAUGAGUCGUAAUAAUAAAAAUAUACGAAGAUCCGCAUUAUCAUUCGACGGUGCGGACGGUACACUCGAUAUUGAUCAUAUUUUGCAAACUGAUCCUUGGAAAAAUGUUGAAAUGUUUGAAACGAAAGAAACCGCUUGUAUUCAAAAUGUGCUAAGCGAUUUUAAUAACAUAAUUACACAAGCAAAGACUCUUAAAGCUACAGGUAACACCACCGCAAAAAAAAGUCCGAGAUCCACGAAAAAAUCUCAAAUUGAUUCCCCAAUAAAGGAUUUGGUAACAAAUUCAUCUGGAAUUUCAACAAGUGAAAUUAACAACGUCACUGAGACAAAAACAACAGUAAAUAGUGAGAAGAAAAGAGCUACACCAAAAAGGCCUAGACAAAGAAGAUCUAAGACAGUCGAGGAAACGGAGUUACCUGAGACUUCAUCAAGUGCAAAUAAUAACGUCACUGAGACAAAAACAACAGUAAAUAGUGAGAUGAAAAGAGCUCCACCAAAAAGGCCUCGACAAAGAAGAUCUAAGACAGUCGAGGAAAUGGAGUUACCUGAGACUUCAUCAAGUGCAAAUAAUAACGUCACUGAGACAAAAACAACAGUAAAUAGUGAGAUGAAAAGAGCUCCACCAAAAAGGCCUCGGCAAAGAAGAUCUAAGACAGUCGAGGAAGCGGAGUUACCUGAGACUUCAUCAAACACGAAUAAUAACGCCAUUGAAACAAAAAUUACAGUACAUAAAAAAAAGAGAGCUUCAACAAAGCCUCAACAAACUUCUAAGACAGUUGAGGAAAUGACUACGCAAGAACUUUCAUGUGACUUUGAUGAUGUAAAAGAAAAAAUUCAAAAUUUAUCAAAUGCCAGCGCCAAGAAUAAUGUUGAUUUAAUCGAAAAGACAAUAAAACAAAAUAUUCUGCAAAAUAUAAUAAAUAUCACCGAAGAAAAUCUACAAACAAGCACUCCUAAAAGAAAAGUACCUAAAAUAAGAAAAGAAAGAGUGAAAAAAGAAUUAAUGGCAAAAAAUAAAAAAUCAAAAGCGGAAACUUCUGAAAAUAAAUCUAAAAGGGAUAAAGUAAAUAAUAAAAAAGAGCAAUGCACAAACCUAACUCCUAACCAAAUAAAAAAGGACAAAUUAAAAAAAGAAAACUCAGAGAACAAAUUACAAAAACCCGCUCAGUCACGUAAAUCUCUGUCGCCGCAGAUGAAUAACACGAACGAUACAAAAUGUCAAUGCAAACAAAACUGCGCAAAAUCUGAUAAUCAGUGUUCUUCAAGAGCAAAAGAAGACGUCGAGAAUACGAGACAAUAUAAAAAGAAUAUAAAAGCUGCGAAAGCUAUCGAAGGUCUUAGCCGACGUAUAACAGACGUUAAGAGAAAAAUGGAUUGCAUUAAAAACGAUUUAGAAAGCAACGAAUCAUACGAAUUAGACAGCAGUUUCACUGAUUCAUCGUCGACUUCGUAUUCAUCUUCAUCUUAUUUUUCCGAUUCCGAUUCGUCCUGUUCAUGCUCGAAUAACUGUAAUUGUUCAUAUUGCGGUUCAUAUUACACUGACACAAGUGAUUCUUCAAAUUCUGAUGAAAAUAGUGAAAGCCAAACUGAGACUGGAAGCGAAAGAGAAGAGUCACGUUGAAAAUUAUUAAAGAAUGUUAGAGAACACACAAAA